UUCUGCGCCUCGGCUGCCCCGGGGGAGAGACAUGGCCCACGAGCGUCCCGCCGCCGCCCUGGAGCCCGAGCUCGUCCAGCGGCUGCUGCUCUCCUGCCGGGAAGCCAAGAAGUCUGCCUACUGCCCCUACAGUCACUUCGCCGUGGGGGCCGCGAUCCUCACUCGGGACGGAAGGAUCUUCUCCGGGUGCAACAUAGAAAACGUCUGCUACCCAUUGGGCGUCUGUGCGGAGCGGACGGCAAUCCAGAAGGCCAUCUCAGAAGGACACAGAGAGUUCAGGGCCAUCGCUAUCUCCAGUGACCUGCAAGAUGACUUUAUCUCACCCUGCGGAGCCUGCAGGCAAGUCAUGAGAGAGUUUGGCACCAACUGGGCUGUCUACAUGACCAAGCCAGAUGGCACCUAUGUUGUCAGGACAGUCCUGGAGCUGCUGCCUGCCCCCUUCGGGUCCAUAGGCUGGCAAAAGGUCCAGUGAGUUCGGGAAAAUGCCCACUGCCUGGAAGAGCCUGGGUUUCCACGUGUAUUUAAGGGGACAGCUGCCCAGAGAACUUCACGAAGAUGUUCUUACAGACCUGGAGACAUCUGCCAAGUGGACAGGGCUGGGCAGAGAUGGCUUUUCCAAAUGACACUCGAGCGCGGAGAUCUUCACUGAAGCAAUAAAGGGUUUCGUUCUGUCCUGGGCCAACAUCCCUCCUGGCAACCCACCUUGUCCUUCCUGGGACAGGAGCACCCAUCCCCUCCUUUCCUUCCCAAGGGCCAUCUUUAAAAUUCCAGCCAAGUCUGGACUGCUUCCCCAUCAGCCUUCCCAAGGUUCUAUACUGUUCUGAGUGACUUUUCUAAUCAUAGACCUCACAGAGUACACGUUUUGCUCCAUCUCUAUCAUUGUUCACAACUCUAAGGGUGACAGAGUGAUUUGUCUUUCUAGAAAGACCUGGACACCUUCUGCUAGGGGAAAGUGGGACUGUGUACCCUUCGGUGUGGAGAGCUGGCUUUUUAGGCAAUUUGCUUCUCCAGAUGGGAGGCCCCGCUGGGCUGAGCCAAACUGCCAGUGGCCAUUUCUAGAGUCUAUUUUGGACUCAGGGUAGACCUGAGCACCUCUGGAUGCUGUCCCCCUCUCCACGGCUGUAUCUAAGUGAUUCCAAAGUAUAAGGGGAAAGGCAGGAGUUCGUCUAGACAGGGUAAAAAUGUAUCUCUGGGGGCACCUGGGUGGCUCAGUGGGUUAAACCUCUGAGAUCAUGACCUCAUCAGGUCAUGAUUCCAGGGUC